GUCAAAAUGUGUACUCUAUUACUACACAAUAUCUAGACGUUAUCGUAAUUUUUCAUUUCGGUGUAGAAUAUUUUCAACUGAAUUAAGGUUAAUUAAAGUGUUUGGAAAUAUGCAAAAAUAGUGAAAAACGCAGCACAAACCAGUGUAGUAAUGAUUUUAUAAAAAAUAUUCCGAUUAUAACGAGGAUUUAUUGUGAAAAUCGAAUGUAAAAAAUUCUUUUGUGUGACCUAUACGAACGGGUCUCCGUCGGACGGCCUCGCAAUCGCAUACACAAGCAGCAGUUGAAACAUUUGCGUUACAUGCUUUGGAAGGAGUGUAUGGGGAAAUAUGUAAAAAAGGAAUAAAAAUUGUGUCAUUAAACGUCUGUGAGUGACAGGAACGAAGUCUCAUAAGGGGGAGCUAAGGUAUACCUCAAGGAUCAGCACUUUAUAAAACGACAGUGGUUUAAGGUCGAUAAGGCACCAGCACAGUAGUAACAACACAAAAAGAUUUUUUAGACGUAAUGACUUGGGUCAUACCAAUUAGUAGUUUUUCAGUUUAAACAAUUGGAACAAGAAAUACCAUUCCAUAUCUUUCUGCAGUAUCAUUAGUGCGUGAGUGAAGAACGGUGAAAUAAAAUUCAAUUAUCUUUGUUGCUUUCGCUACGUUCCAUAACUAUAUAAAAGUAAAUACGCGUUAUUUCCGUUCCACAAAUUUGUCGCCAUCGCAUUUUGACCAUAGUCAGUGUACUCGUUCCAAAGACAUUUGUAUGGGGAACAUUGCUGUGCUCAAGUAUGUGAACACCCCUUGUAACACUGUUAACAAAUUUGUAUAGUGAUAUAAAAAUUGAAAAAAUAAAAAAUAUACUGUGUUGUAACUCUGUGUGUGUGUGCUGUUAAUUAAUAAAGGCGUAAAUUGAAAUAUCUCUAAAAACAUAUGUAUUUAAAUAUCUACAUAUGCGAAAAGCAAACCACUAAAAAGGGCAAACAAUUGAGUGUCGAAGUCAUUGAAAACGAUCGCUGUUACAAACGGUGGGAGGUGAACCAAAAACAACAUUAGCAGAAAGUGUAGCACACAUGUUCACAACACUGGCAGUGGUAAUGAUUUAUGUAACCUCGCUUAAUUUACUGAUGUUCUAACGAAGAUGGCUAACGAAGGAACUGCACCGAUUUUAUGAUUUCAAGCCAUUCUGUCUUGAAGUAAUUACUGCAACAGCAUUAUCAUAUUAAACUUUAUACAUACAACGAUCACGAAGCGUAGAAAUAAAAACACACAAAAUGGGGGAAAACGUACAGUGUCCGGUAUGCACACUAUUCCUGCAUGCGGGCAUGAAUCUCUCAGAUCAUUUAGAGACACAUCCUAAAGAGCAAGUCAUUAAGGCACUUGUGCAAAUGACAAUUUCGGGGAGUGGUGGCAGUGCUGCGAGCUCCGCACUGGCGGCCUCCUUAAGUGGCGGUAGCACACCCAAAACUGAUCCGGAUGAAAACCCAAAUCCCGCACCGAUAUCGUCGUCGAUAUCUGAUUCUGAUGCCACCAGCAAUUCGGCGACGAGCGGUACAUCUAAUUAUGCCGCUUCUGACACAACCCAAAUUAGUAGUCAGAGUUUUGCAAAUGCAUUUUGUGGCAUAUCUGCAAUAAAUAAAUCGUCGUCGUCAAAUGCAAGCGCUGCUGCAACAACAUCGGCUUUAAGGUCACCAGUUGACGCAACGGUAAACACAAACAAUAAGAAUCUAGAUGAUAAACGGGAAAUUAAAAUUGAUGCAGGUAGUGGAAGCGAUAAAGUUCAAGGUUCCGUGGCAACGGUAGUGCCUGCUAACGGUAUUGCACAAGUUCAGCUACCUAGUCAAUUUGAUGAUUAUGCGGCUAAUAGAUACCACCAAAUGCAACAAAAACAAUUAGCAACAAGUCAAUUAGAGCAGCGACACCAGCAACAACAACAGCAAAAGAAUCAAUUGCAAAAACAAAAACAGCACUUGGAUGGUGCAAGUGGCCACAUUGAAAUCGCACAACAGCGCAAUAUUUUGCCACCACCGCCCCCACCAAUGGUGUCAAUGCCACUAGUGGUCGGUCAAGUGCCAAACAAACUCUUACAUCAAUCACAUACAAACAAUUUAUUUGCAAGCAAUGUUGCCCCACAUCGUCACAUACAAAUGCAUCCGAUCCAGCAGCCGCAUCAACAGCUCCAACAUCAGUAUCAACAACAGCAACAAGCGCAUAAUCAACAACAACAACAGCAACAGAACCUCAAAAUAUAUUAUUCAAAUGCUUUGCCAACACCACCGCCUGCGCUACAGCUAUUUCCAUUCCACCAUGCAUCAACACAAUUGCAACAUCAGAAACCACCGCCUGCUUAUGGCACAGCGAUAAGUCAAAUUCGAUCUCAAAAUAACCAAAACAAAAAUAAGCAUGCCACUGCAGACAAAAAUCACAUACAACAACACCAGCAAUUACAACAACAACCGCACCAGCAACCACAGCAUCAUCAGCAGUUAGCGCGUCAGAUGCAGCAGCGUGCCACAAUGCAACCCACACAAUCACAGACAUCAACGAACUGCACGCCAUCAUUGCAUCUGCACCAACAGCAACAACAACACGCAUUGGCAAAUAUGCCAACAGUAAGCGCGAAACCUACCAGCGGCGCAAAACCAAAUGAAUUGCUACCACCACCGCCACCACGCACACCAACAACCAACAUGCAACAGCUUCAUCAACCACAAUUGCCACAUUCGGUGUCACAUUUUGGCGCUCCGGUCAAAACUAUGCCAGCCGCACAGCAACGUGUUCCAACAGAUUGCAGCGACACCAGCGCCACAGCAACAAGUCAAACACUUUCUUCAUCAACGGCUGUGACUGCUUCGGCAACGGCAACGGCCACGACACCAGCCAUUGCCACCAUGACAUCAUCACCUGGCAUACGACAAAUAUCGUCUCCAUACAAUUCAUUGCUUAUGACAGCGGCGCAAUCUCCUUCCUCAUCUUCAGUAUUACGCUACGCUGAGUCACCGGUGGCGCACUAUUUGGAACGAGAUAACGGUGAUUUUAUAGUGCAAGAAACACCGAAACACAUUGUGGAAUGCGUUGAGAAGGACAAUGGUGAAUUUUCGGUAAUUGAGCGUAUAUAUCAGUCGCCGUUAAGCGUUUUGCAUAUACACGAAGAUAAUGAGAAAGAAGACGAUGAUGAUGCAGAUGAUGAUGAUAACAGUGAUAUUAAAGACAACGAUAACAAGAAGGUUUCACCAACCGAUGAUACUACAAAAGCAAAUGAAGUUGUACCAAUGGAUAUUGAAUCCGGAGAAAAUCCGUCAGAUGAGCAAUUACGGAAAAAUACAAAAUCUGAAGUGGAUACGGAGGCGCAAGAAAAUGAAGCAGAAUUAAGUAGCAAUAAGAGCACUGCAUCAGUUGAUGGAAAGGUACAAUCAAAAAUAUUCGGUAGUGAUAGAGCAGAAAUGACAAGCACCAGUUGCAGCAGCGAUAGAUCAACACCUCUGCAUUGUGCAAAUACGAGUUCUGCCCAAGUAGAUGUGAGCAGCGAGACCAGUACAUCAUCGAAUUCGAGUGCAAAUAUUAAUAACGAAUCGAAUGUGAUGCCCAGCUGUUCCACAACAAAUUCCAACCAAACUCAUAGUUCGUCAGGGUCAUCGCGGAAACGUAGUUCGAAAAACACGAUUACUGUGCUGAGUGAUGUGCAGCUAAAUUUAGACGAAUACCUCGAUUUGGUCGGUAAUAUAAUAGCGUCUAGUAAAAUAACAGCGAAAAGUAAUGCAUUACCGGGCACCAUGCCCAUUCCUUUGCUGAAAGUCGAAAAAGAGGAGCCGCCCGAUGAUGACUACGAAUCGCAGACGCCACAACAAGAUCAACAAAAGUACGCUGAACGAAAACAAGAGUAUUUCGAAAUACAAAAACCGCUUAACGAUUUCCAAGCACCAACCGUAAUUGAACCACCUACAAUCGCCAACAAAAAUGAGACUGAAAAAAUAGUUGAAAAUAAUUGUAGUAGCAAUAAGGUUAGAAUAAAUGACAGUAGUGACAAUGUAAAAACAGCUGACAAUGCCGUCAUGCCAACAACAACAUCGGCCACUGGUACGCCGACAUGCGCAAGUCACGUGACCAGUGUUAUACGCAUGGCAACAACUAGUCAACAACAGCAGACUCAAAAGGAUUUGGUGCUACAACCAACAGCUGCUUCAGAUGCAACGGAACCACAAUCACAACAUAUGUUUGAUGACAAGGCUGCAUUGGCAGCGCAACCACAAGUAACAUCAAUAAUUAUACAAGAUCUAUCGCGCCAACAUAUUAUACAACUUCAAGAUGAGCAUCACGCGCAUAGAAAUCAACAGCAGCCACAUCAUGCCAUGGAAGACCCUAAUGGCUUGUUGCAGCAGCAAGUGGAUCCUCCGAAUUCCAAAGCAGAGGGGCAACCACUGUUGCACACACGAGCACCAACCUCAACCACACUGCCAGUGCAGAAAAGAGGCCCAAAGAAGCUGAUUAUCAAGCCAAAAGCAACAAAGACUGAUGCAAAUGCUAACCUCAACAGCAACAACACGAAUUCCCAUUCCCACAGGAAUGCGAAUGUUAAGGAUAUAAAUAGUCAAAUAAUCAUUGAAGAAGCACUAUGCGAACUACCGACAACUUCGACAAAAGCACAAAUGGAAAUGCAAGAAAAAAUGCGGCAAUCACAGCAAGAGCAAGAGCAACCAACGCAUCAUACAAUCGCACAGAAAUUGAUCAAAAGUGAACCGAGUUCUUCAGGGUACGACAGCAAUACCAAUAGAAUCAGCAUUAAUGGCAACAAUUCGGGACACAGCAUACUUGAGAAUCACCUAACCUCAAAUAUGGAUAAUAAUUGUGGGCCCAUUAUACAAUGUAAGACCGAACAAGUGGGGAGCGCGCAGGAAGCGCAAACAAACUUCUUGCAACCUUUCAAGGAGGAAGAUAAAGACGUCAGCAACUCCAACGAUAAUGCUGCUGCGACUGAUGAUGCACGCGUUUUGUUGGAUUUCGCAAAUUCAAAGAAACACGAAGCUACACAUAACGUCGCGACUAAUUUUCUCUCUGCCACUUCGAUCUUCUCAAACUCAGCAGGUAAAGUGAAUGAGCCAAAGUCAGCUACGAUACUCCCUAAUACCAAUACAAGCAGUACGGAGUCACAUGCCGCCUUGCGUUGCGAAGACGAAUUUAUAGCGCAUGAUGAUGUGCAAGAAGUAGUCAUUUCGUCGUCAUAUUCUCAAUCGCAAUCAGCUUCAGAUGUACCCACAAGUGCUACCAGUAGCACCACCACUUCCCACGUCAGGGAUUUAAAUGUUGCGUUGCAGCAUCAGCAACAACAACAGCAUCAUCAUCAUCAACAGCUGCAACAACAACAACAGCAGCAACAACAGCUGCAGCACAACUUCACCGAUUAUCCAUUCAGUUUUCUUUACGGUCAUGGUGGGAGCGUCAGUGGCGCCCCAGCCGAUACGAAAGGCGGUAAUUUCUCAGCCAUCUAUCAGCAGGCGGCACAAGAUGCUACUACAGCAGCAACACUUGCCUCUGGCAGCAAUACUAUACACACAGAUGAUUCUACCAGUUCCACGCAACAACAACAAGCACAUACCAGUCACUUUGGCGGCGUACAUGGUGGUAGCGGUGAAAUGGGCAGCACUGCAUCGCAUUGGUAUCACCAUGCGUUGGCCACAGCAAAUGCUGACUUCGAAGCGGCGCUGGGUGUCGAUUGCAAUGCAGCGGUCGACGGCGGUGAUGUGGGUAAAUACUUGGAUCUCGAUUCUUGCAAGCGUGAGGUUUUGGUUGGUAUGCCAGGUGCACCGUCUUCAACUUCAUCAUCGUUUGCUGCUGCCACGGAGAGCAGUUUGGCUGGCGGUUGCACGGCUGACGCCCUGAAUAUACGCACUGAUGAAAAGAUGCCAGCCAAGGGCGAGAUUUCUGGACAGGAAAGCAACUGCGACAUAGAAAACUCGUGGAGUCAGCCGAUGUAUGGCGAGAUUUCUGCACGAUUUUUCAAAACUACCUUUCCCGGCAUAUUCCAGCAUGAGAAUGGUUGGAAUCAUGACGAGUAUUUCACUGUACAGGAUUUGAGCGCCUCAGCUGCGCCCACUGGUGCGGCACCCUCUAACCGCCCAGGCAAAAGCUUCGAUUUUCGUCUUCCUUUGGAAGCAACUACCUCAGCUGCAGCAAAUGCCACCGGCAGCGGCAAUAGUAAUUUUCAGCUAUUCGCACGACACACGGAUGCCCUGCCAUCCACAUCAACAUCCAAUAAAAAGAAACGAAAGCGUGACACUCAUGUUGGUGGUGGUGGUGGUGGUAGCAGUGGUGCUGGCAGAGUUGAAAAGGCGACUGUCUCACGUGUACAACCAACCGCCACAAUUACAUCACAACAGUUAUUAUUCCCCCAGCCACAGAAUAGUCAACAGCUGCAGGCGCAUGAACAGUUACAACCAUCAAGUCAAAACGCUGAAUCUGCAACUUCAUCAACAGCCGCCGCUGCAGGCGCCAACGGCACGCCCACCUUGGGUGCAGAUCAAAGGCGGCCGCGCAAGAAAGUCUAUCAGUGUACACAUUGCACAGCGGAGUUCCCCAAACUGAAGGAUCGCAAUUCACAUAUGAUACUCCAGCACAACUAUGUGCGUCAGAAUCGCCGAUUGAUAUGUGUUCAACGCCCGGAUGCAGCUGCCAGUGCGGCCGCACCUGAUGCCCUUCCCUCAUCAUCCAAUGCCGUUGCUGGCGGCGUGGACAAUGUCGUAGUCGUAAAUAUGGCUGAGGGGUGUAGUAGUUCACUUGUACGUUCCGAUAGCAUGGAAUUUCUGGAAGACUCCAAACAGGACAUCGUCAAAAUUGAGGUAGAAAAUGCGUACCAGCCAUUAGCUGCCUCGGCUGCGGUUGUGGCAACAGCUGCGUCUACGUCCACAGCAGGCAGCGGUGAGAGCAUCGACGCCAAGCCAGAGCUGGUGGAUGACAAGAAAAGUAUGGCAUUAUUGCCAGCGAGCAGUCUAAAUAUAGGCGGCGGCGUUGGUGAUAUCGCCGGCGAGGCAUUGGAUACAAAGCCGCUAUUACAACCAUUGGCAAUGACCACACCAGCCACUAAAUUGGCGGCGCUUUAUCGCAUGUUGGUUUCCUAUAACAUCUCGACACUGAAAGAUAGCCAUAACCUAAGUGAAAUGGAACAGAAACUCAUUGAGCAAUCGAUCUUCUUCUGUUACGUGUGCCGACGCAAUUUCUCUUCGGUCAAAUUAUACGAUGCACAUCUGAACGAGCAUCCCGCCGAAUGUUUUACGUGUGGCAAAACGUUUCAGCGUUGGAAGAAUUUCUCACUACAUUUGAAACGCCACUUGGGCUGGAAGGAGUUUGGUUGUAAUGUGUGUGACAAGAAGUUUGUGGUGCGUAGCGCAUUGGUGGAGCACAUGCGCAUGCACACCGGACACACGCCGCUCAAGUGCAAAGUGUGCGGCAAAUACUUCAAGCGUUACUCGAAUUUGACACAGCAUCGCAAGCGGCACGGCAAGCAAAUCAUCCGGAAGAAGGAGUACGUUUGCCAUUGCGGCGAGGUGUUGCCAUCAAAGGCGCGUUUCCUCUGGCACAAGGAGACACACGAUGCCAAGCCGAAAUGUUGUCCAUACUGUUGUGAUCGCUUUGUGCAUGCGAACUCCUUGCGCCGGCACAUACGUUUAGCGCACUCCGACAAGUUUGAUUACGCCGAGCCGAUGGAGUGUCCACUGUGCAAGCAAACCUUUGCCAAGUCCUCCAUUAAGGCACACAUGGCCACACACUCGAUGGACACACAACACGACUGUGCUAUCUGCAAUAAGUCCUUCUCCACCAAAUGGAAUUUGAAGAUACACUCGUGGGUGCAUGCCAAUCGCACAUCGAAACCAUUCAAAUGUGAACACUGCCCCAAAGCGUUUGUGCGCGAGGUGGACUUCAAGAAUCACAUGAAUGCACACAAACAAAUCAAGCCGUACACGUGCGAGUAUUGCGGUUGCAAAUUCAUAAGGAAAUACAAUUACAUGCGACAUCGACGCGAGCAUCACGGCAAUAAGAAGUUCACCUGUGACCUGUGCAAAAAGUCCUUCCAUCGGCAUUACUAUCUCAUCGAACAUCGACGCAUACAUACAGGCGAACGGCCAUUUCAGUGCACCAUAUGCGGCAAGAGUUCCACAACGAAGACCAAUCACAACAAACACUUAAAAAUACAUCAUUCGCGUGAUCCAUUCACCGUUGAGGCGUAAAAUGAUAGUAGAAAUUGAUUGUGGCGUAUCAUGGUUUUAAGAAGGUUUUUCUCUCUUAAUAUCUUCGUAUAUGUGUCUGUAAUUUAAAUGAGUAUUAUAAAUAUUACUGAAUUAAUGAAUAACGAAUUAAUGCGGUAAGUAGUUGUUUAGGCUAAAAUUUACAUAUGUGUGUGUUGAAGCUGCAGCAAAUCAGUAGUGUGUUAAAGCAAUACAUGAAUAUAUGUAGAAGUGCACAAGCCAUUUUCAGUUGGAAUUCGCUUUAAAUAAGUUAAGUUCACUCAAAUACUAAUUUGCUAAAAAUGUAAGCAUGAAUAAUUUUAUAAAAUCAUACGAUUUACCAAGUAUUGGCACAAAUGUUGAUAAAUUUUCAAAAAUAGUUUAAGAAAAUUGUUUUCCUCUUAGCUUAUAAACGGCUAAUGAACUUUUCGAGUCUCAAACUUGACUUUCUUUUAAAAACUAAGUUAAAAAUUAUUAAAAACUAAAAAAAAAAUUAUUAAUUUUUUUUAGAAAAAAUAUUCCUGGCGAAUAUUAAAAUGUUAUAAAUCAUUAGCUGCAUUGGAGCUGGGUACGCAUUAGCGGUAAAUUUUAUAUGUGAUUUUGGUUUUACGCAAUUAAAAGAAAAAAAUAAUUUAAUUUGUGCCCAUUGUGAAUGCAGUUUUUUUCAAAAAAAAAAAAAAUGAUUUUAUUUGCAAAAAUACGCCAUGCACUAGCUUAGUAUGCUUGAAAUCUAAUUGUAUAUAUAAUUUAGUUUUAAGUUUGUCAAAAUCUCUAACAAAAACAAAAACAAAAACCAGAAUAUUAAAUUGAUAACAGAAACGGAAAAAAAUUAAACAAAUAUUACAAAAAUUUCAUUUUUUAAGAAGAAGAAAUAUUUUAUUUAACAAAUGGAAUAAUUCCAACAAAUUUUAGCUUAAUUUUCUCUUCACCCCUAACCUCAAUCACUGGCUUUUUUGAUUUUGUUAUUCGUUUUUAGGUGUUUAUUGUAUGGAUUUUCAAUAAUUUUGCUUUAACAUUGAAUACCUUAUUUUCCUCCAACUUUUAUUUAUAUAAGCAUUUAAAUUUAUUUGCUUAAUUUUGCAUAAGUUCCUGAAUUAAAAAAAAAAUAAAAAAAAUUUAAUUGAAGCUUUGGUAUAUAAUAGCUUUUUCGCAUUUUAUUAGCUUGUUUUAUUCAAUUUCUGCAUAAAUAUGCUUAUAUAGUCUCCAUCUGAAAAUGGUUUAGCAAAUUAUAGUCUAUAUAUGUAUGUAUUUCAUAAAAAAAAGUUAGUUAUUUGAAAAUCAAUUGUCAUGCGCAUUGGAUUACACAUUUCAUAAUCAAAUAUGAAUAGCGGUUAUUAGGACGUUUAUGAAAUUUUGAAAAUCUACACAUUCACAUAGCAUGUAUUUUCUUUAUCAUAGUUACAAAACAAAAAAUAACAAACAUUGAAUGUAUCGAACUUAUUAUAGCAAGUUAUAGGAAUAGCAAAUUGUGCA